AUGGCACCUAGAAAAAACAAAGCCCGUAAAAAGAAACAAAAUACUAAAAAAUCGGCGAAUGAACAAGAUCAAAGAAUCAGAAAAUUAAUUCAUGAAAAUUAUGGUGACGGAGAUGAGCAUUGUUUAGAGGAAGAUGUUAUAGGAGACUAUAAACGAUGCUUAGAGGAAGAUAAUAUAGUAAAUGCGUCAGAUCAAAGAAUUGGACAACAAAUUACUGAAAUUUAUAGUGACGAAGAUGAAUACUGCUUAGAGGAAGAUAAUAAUUAUGAAGAAGCAUCGGCUAACCAUCCAAAAAUUCUGAACUUGGCUAAUAUUAUUCACCGUGCCCAAUUAUCGAAAACUGAUCAUAGUUAUAAGGCAUUCUUGGAUAAUGAUAACAUGUCAAAUAAUGUAAUUGAUGAUAGUUAUAAGACAUUCUUGGAUAAUAAUGAUAUGUCAAAUACUGUACAAAUAAGCCAGUACUUGAAAAUUAACAUAUAUUCUGAAAGCACCGUAGUAAAAAUAAUUAUCAAUUUUAGAGAAGAAUCGUUAGAUAGCGAAUUAUCCGAAUUUGUUAAUGUAGGAGUAUUGCGUCAAAUACUUCAAUUACACUUGAAGUGCACUGAUAUGGUGGAAGUAAUGAAGGAUCCAGAAAUAUUCAUGAGGCUUGUCAGUUUUGUGCGCCAAGCUCUUAAAGCAGUUCUUUUUGCAGAUCAUAAUAAUCAAAGUACAAUAGCUGCAAUCAGGGGUUGCGAUGAAUAUACCAUAGAUCUGAAAAUCCCAACUAGACUAGGCAUCGUGAAAUCAUUGCCAGUCAGAGAACUUCUGAGUUUAUAA